GCUUUAUGUACCUUUUAGUCUAGAGCACAAGCCCAUUUUGUUUUACAGUCCAGACAAUUUUUAGGCCAAUCUCUGUAGUUUUCAUGUAAUGUUCAAUCAAGAGUAAUUUGAAUUUUCUGUUUUUGUUUUGCCAACGUAACAACUGAACUUUAGUGGAUUUAAUUACCGGGUGUCACUUCAUUGUUGAUACUUGUUGACGGUAACAGAAGAAAGAGCUUAUGGUGCUGUAGUUUGGAGUUGCCAAGUACAAUUUUUUUUCUGUAAGGAAGCAUUGAAGGAAAGCACUGAAGGAAAGCACUAGGCCAAUGCCAUACAGGAAUUAUUAAGGAAUUUCAUGGAAGUAGAGUGCUUACAUAGAAACAUUUGGAAUGUCACUAUUUGGAUUAAAUUGUAUGAAGCCCAAACGCCAAGAGGAAGAAAGGUAUUUGAAGGCAAAUGAUAGAGAAUUCAAUAAGAAAUAUCAAUAUGUGAAUAAUAGAAUUAAAACCUCCAAAUAUAAUAUUUUUACAUUCCUGCUAAUCAACUUAUUUGAACAGUUUCAACGAAUUGCCAAUGCUUAUUUUUUAUUUUUACUAAUUUUGCAAGUUAUUCCACAAGUUUCAUCUCUGUCCUGGCACACCACUGUUGUGCCUUUAGUGCUGGUAUUGACAAUAACAGCAGUGAAAGAUGCUAUUGAUGAUUACUUUCGCUAUAAAAGUGACAACCAAGUCAAUAACCGAGAAGUCACAAUUCUCCUUGAUGGAAAGUUGCAAAGAAAAAAAUGGAUGAAUGUUCAAGUGGGAGAUGUAAUUAAGUUGGAGAAUAAUCAAUUUGUUACUGCAGACUUACUCCUGUUAUCAAGCAGUGAACCAUAUGGAUUGAUUUACAUUGAGACAGCCGAGCUUGAUGGUGAAACAAAUCUGAAAGUUAAGCAGGCAUUAACAGUCACCUUAGAUAUGGGAGAAAACAUCGAAGCUUUGGCAGAUUUUGAUGGUGAGGUAAGAUGUGAAGCUCCCAAUAACAGGUUGGACAAGUUCAGAGGAACACUUACCUACAAGGAUAAUAAGUAUGCUUUGGACAAUGAGAAAAUAAUACUACGUGGCUGUACACUGAGGAAUACAGAGUGGUGUUACGGACUUGUUAUUUUUGCAGGUCAAGACACCAAAUUGAUGCAGAAUAGUGGAUUGUCUGCUUUUAAAAGAACCAAAAUAGAUCGCCUCAUGAAUGUUCUUGUAAUAUGGAUUUUUGGCUUCCUUGUUAUGAUGUGUACAGUGCUGGCUAUUGGGAAUAGUAUCUGGGAAUAUCACAAAGGAUACCAUUUUCAGGUCUACUUGCCUUGGGAUGAGGACAUUACAAAUUCUUCCUUCUCUGGAUUUCUGACAUUUUGGUCAUAUGUGAUCAUACUUAACACUGUUGUCCCGAUUUCCUUAUAUGUGAGUAUUGAAGUAAUUCGCUUGGGUAGCAGCUACUACAUCAUAUGGGAUAGUAAAAUGUAUUAUCCAAAGAAAGAUACUCCUGCAGUUGCACGUACAACUACAUUAACUGAGGAACUUGGACAAAUCAAGUACAUAUUCUCUGAUAAGACAGGAACUCUGACACAAAAUAUUAUGCUGUUUAACAAGUGCACCAUCAAUGGCAAAACGUAUGGUAAUGUUUAUGAUUUGGCUGGAAAAAGGACAGUGGUAACUGCGAAAACAGAAAAAGUGGAUUUCUCAUUUAACUCUAUGGCCGAUCCAAAAUUUGUGUUCUAUGACCACAGUCUAGCUGAAGCUGUUAAAAUUGGUGACCCUAAAGUCCAUGAAUUCUUCCGUUUGCUGUCUCUGUGCCAUACAGUGAUGUCUGAAGAAAAGCUGAAGGGUGACCUUGUGUAUCAGGCUCAAUCGCCAGAUGAAGGCGCACUUGUCACUGCAGCAAGAAAUUUUGGCUUUGUUUUCCGAUCCCGCACUCCCGAAACAAUAACUGUGGUUGAAUUAGGUGAAUCCAAAGUCUAUGAAUUGCUUUGUAUUCUGGAUUUUGAUAACGUGAGGAAAAGAAUGUCUGUUAUAGUUCAACGUCCGGACAAGAAGUUGUAUUUGUACUGUAAGGGAGCUGACACUAUUGUCUUUGAGAGACUACGUUCUUCAUCUCAACAUUUAAGAGAUAUAACCACUGAACAUCUUGAUGAGUUUGCAGGUGAUGGCUUACGCACUCUAGCCCUGGCAUAUAAGGAGUUAGAUAAAACAUACUUUGAAGACUGGUAUAAGCGACACCAUGAAGCAAGUACUGCAUCUGAAGACCGGGAUGAACAACUGUUUAUGUUAUAUGAAGAAAUUGAAAAGGACUUAAUUUUGUUAGGUGCUACUGCAGUUGAAGAUAAACUUCAAGAUGGUGUUCCACAGACAAUUGAAACACUUGUGAAAGCAAAUAUCAAGAUAUGGGUUCUGACAGGUGACAAACAAGAGACAGCUGUAAAUAUUGGAUAUGCAUGUAAUAUGCUCCAGGAUGAAAUGAGAGAAGUAUUCAUUAUUGAAGGCAAUGAAUCAAGUGAAGUUCGUAAAGAACUAAGAAAAGCUUGUGCAGUAAUGACAGGGAAAACAGAAACAGAGGAUGAUUCAGUCACAAUCCAACAGCCAACAAAAUCCAAGCUCCUGUCUGAGGAAACUGCUAAUGCAGAUUAUGGUCUGGUGAUCAGUGGUGACGCAUUGGCACAUGCUUUAGAAGAAGACCUGGAAUUACUGUUCUUAAAAACAGCUUGCCUCUGUAAAACUGUAAUCUGCUGCCGUGUCACACCCCUUCAGAAAGCUCAGGUGGUAGAACUGGUAAAAAAGUACAAGGAAGCGAUAACACUAGCAAUUGGAGAUGGAGCAAAUGAUGUAAGCAUGAUCAAAGCUGCUCAUAUUGGGGUGGGCAUCAGCGGUGAGGAAGGAACACAGGCUGUCCUUUCAAGUGAUUUCUCCUUUGCUCAGUUUCGUUAUCUCCAGCGUCUUUUACUUGUCCAUGGAAGAUGGUCCUAUCUACGAAUGUGCAGAUUUCUCCGUUACUUUUUCUAUAAAAAUUUUGCUUUCACUCUUGUUCAUUUCUGGUAUGGAUUCUUCUGUGGAUUUUCAGCGCAGACUGUGUAUGAUCAAUGGUUCAUUACACUCUACAAUUUGGUCUAUACAUCACUCCCUGUAUUAGGAUUGAGUCUAUUUGAUCAGGAUUUCAAUGACCGCUGGAGUAUGGCAUAUCCCCAACUUUAUGAACCUGGACAGCUUGAUCUUUAUUUCAACAAAUUAGAAUUUGUGAAAUGCCUUAUCCAUGGAAUUUACAGUUCCCUUGUACUUUUCUUUAUUCCUUAUGGAGCCCUUGCUGAAGCAGUGAGAGAUGAUGGAAAGACCAUUUCAGACUAUCAGUCAUUUGCUUUAAUUGCUCAGACGUGCUUGCUAGUGACUGUGACUCUACAGGUUGCACUGGACACAAUUUACUGGACAGCAAUCAAUCACUUUUUUAUCUGGGGCAGUCUAGCAAUCUAUUUUGCAGUAACAUUUACAAUGUACAGCAAUGGCAUGUAUCUGAUGUUCCCAAAUUCAUUUUCAUUUAUAGGAACUGCAAGGAAUACCUUGAAUGAACCUCUAGUCUGGUUGACUGUUUUCUUAACAGCAAUAAUGUGCAUCUUGCCAGUUCUUCUUGUGCGAUACCUCUUCACUGAACUGAAACCCACUUUCAGCAAUAAACUACAACAAAAAAUUAGGCAAAUGAAGCUGCUUCCUCCGAAACAAAUUACUACAAAACUGAGAAGGCCCAGUACACGUCGCUCUGCAUAUGCUUUUUCUCAUCAGAGGGGUUUUGGUGCACUGAUUACUUCAGGGAGGAAUAUGCGAAUAAAAUCUCGGAGUUUUAACCCUUCAAAGGCUGGCACAUCAUCACAAGUUGAUGAAGAAAAAUAUUCAAAGCUUGAGAGGCCUGGGAGAUGACCAUUCUUAAAGAAGAAAUUUAGUAUUUGUACAUACUGCAAUAAUAGGCUGACUGUAUAAAUUUUUUUUACGAGAAUUGUGAAGAAUUCUGUGUAACUUUCACAUAAUUCUUAUUCAACAGCACAGACUAAACAAAUCAGAAGCUGAUUGAUAUUCAGCUGUUUACCUGUUCUUCUCUUUUGUACAUACCUUAAUUCAAAGAGACUUUUUGACUGGAAGUAUUGAAACUAAAAGAUUUACAGCAAGAAUGUAGUGUUACCCACAACGAGACAUGUUUUCAAAUGAAGCUUGUUUUCUGCCAGAAUCUUUACAAAUUCUCAAUCUUUUUAAUUAAAAAUUUUAAGUUCUACAGAGAUGGAGCCACAUUAAAAAUUACAGCAAUUAAACCUAAUUCACUGAAAAUUUCUCGUUUUCAGUGAAUUCAAGCAUCAGCUAUUCUGGAAUGAGAUAAAUUUAUUUUUUGAGCUAGUUAAUUUGAGGAAAUUCUUGGCUUCAUCCCUCCCCCUCCUGUCUUCUCCUAUCAUUUCAGGUCUCCCCCUCCCCUCCCACUUUCAAAUCUCUUACUAUCUCUUUUUUCCAUUAGUCCUGAUGAGGGGUCUCGGCCUGAAACGUUGACUGUACUUCUUACUGUAGAUGCUGCCUGGCCUGCAGCAUUCCACCAGCAUUUUGUGUGUGUUGCUUGAAUUUCCAGCAUCUGCAGAUUUCCUCGUGUUUGAGGAAAUUCUGUUUUUUUUAAAAUAUAUAUAGCAUUGUCCAUCUAGAAGAUGGUUGUCUAUUCCAAGAAAAAUUGAUCUGUUUCUUUUAUUUGUUGGAAACUGGAGUGUAUUAGAAAUUGGAAACUACACUUUAUAAAUGAGAAGAUAAAUUGGACACAAGAUGCACUGUGGUGAUCCAUGCUAAUGCUACAGGUACCUUUGCCAAUUUUAAGAUGAGCUUUUAAAUGGAAGUUCAAGCACAUCAGCAACACUGUGAAUGUACUGAGAAUGCCGUGAGAUGAGAAACUAUAUCAAGCUGAAAAAAAUGUUAAAUUAGUGCUGCAUAAUGUUUGUUAAUGUCAGUUUUCCCCAACAACAAAAUUUCAUUUUUCAAGUGUCUCCAAGACAUUGUUCAUUUUCAAUAAGGCAUGGCACAUUUUGUGCACACAAUAUCAUUUUGUCCAACAGACUCACCAUUGUGAAGCUUCUGUAGGAACUUUGUUGAGCUGAGAAUCACAGAGCUUCAAGACAGAAUCGAGAUGGGUUGGGUAGUAGGGGCAGAAUUGAGAGUGAGUUGUAAAGAUAAAGGUUAUCAGUGAAAGAAAUGGUCAGAGUCAGUCUGAGAUAGAUAUUGUAGAUGGAGUCUGGUUCAGUCAGAUAGACAAUUGGAAAUGGUAUCUGAGGAAUGUAAUUGGGUGGAAUCAGAGGAGCAAAAAUUAGAGUGGACUGAUCAGAGGGAUAAGAGACAAUAAAGACCAUUAUUCAUCACCAGAAACUGUCAGGUUGAUUUUGCCAUUUAAUAAAAUGCAAUAAGAUAGAUUCAAUAGUUUACAUUGUACAAGAAUAUCACAGAAGUAUGAAAACAAAAUUUGAAGGAAGUAGUCUCCUCUCCGUGACAUUUGAAAAAUAAACAUAGACAUAUAAUACAAUAUUAUGUAUGAUGAUUUGUUAAUUUAGUGCCAAAGGAUGGAAACCAUUCAAAACAUACCAUGCUUUAAAUGGUGGACUAAAACCAUGCAAUAAUUUUUUUGAAAUAUAAUUAUUGAAUUGAAAAUACAAUGUGUCUUUUACAAUACAAAUGUUUAGUUUAUAAUAUGACUUAAAAUAUUUUACUUUCAACUCAAGAUAUUUCUAAUGUCCAGUUGUAAUAUCUUUUUAAUUGUGCAUAAUCCUGGCAGAGGUAUUAGCUGAAAUCCAUUAUUAUUCCCUCAUCUCUUCAUGUUGACUGUAGAGAGAAAACAAUGAAAUAAUAUAAGUUUGGUCAAUCCCAAGCACCAUUACAAAGGAUAAAAUUCUAUUACAGCUAAAUAUAUGACUGGGAAUACUUUGAUAAAUACACUAAAAACUUUGCCAUGUAUAAACUGUGAUCUAAUAAAUAUGUUUACCAAGCUAAGUCCUUCUUCCUUCAGUGUGAAGUCCAUGUAGUCUUGCAAACCGAGCUGAGUAAUCAGUCAACAUUUAUAGACUAUGAUGGUCGUUAACAUAGAUCCAUUAUUAUGGUUAUUAUUAUGCACAAGCCUUGGCCACCCAUUUUUCAUACUUAAGUUUCACUCCCUGCUGCCUGACUGGAAUUUUAAUAAUAUUGCCAUGUUUUUAUAGGGUGUACUAACAGAAGUUUCAGGAAGCAUUUAUUAGGUCAGGCACAUUCAAGUGGAAAGAACAGAUAUUUUGUCAUUUUACUUGCAGUCACUUCAUCUUGAUAGCUUUCAGAGUCACACGAGCUAUAAAUUUAUCCAUUGUAACCACUGAAGAUAUCAGUUCUGCAUCAUUUCUACCUUGUUAUUUUGAAACAUUUAUCCAUUUAUCAGUUGACCAGGUGAGAAUGUGGAAAAUUAGAACCUCAGCAUUUAGGGAAAUGAGUAGGUCGCAUUUGAGACAGGGAAAACAUACAUCAUGGAAAAAAAGGAGUUAAUAAUUAUUUAAAUCAGAAAUAUAUGAAUGUAUGCAAAAGGAAUGGAGUUAUUUAUGAUUGACAUAUCACCAGGAAAUUAUUUAAUUUUACUGUGUGUAUAAGUAAAUGUACAUGUUGAAAUGAAUACAAAAACUUGUUUACAGUCUUAUGCUUUUUUUUUAUAAAUUAGGUAAUUGUAAAAAUAAAUAUUAUGCGUGGUGGAAUUAUAUAAUAAAAUGAGGAAAGCUGUUAAAUAAUAACGAUUUUUGUUGGGGAAAAAUACCUUACUUUACAUAUAAUUUUGCCAAUAUUUUAGCACCCCUUGUGCUUUAGUCUUUAAUGUGAAGAUAUUUAUCUUUAAAAGGAAUGGAAACUCAUGUUUGAAUGUACAAAGAACACAUCCAAACAUUGUGUGGGUUUACCAAGAUUUCACUAGCUCAAAGACUGCUGUAUUUCUGCAACUCAUUUUACCACACCUUUUGAUGAUACAUUAUGCAGUCACACCAUUUGAUUAUACAUUAUGCAAGGUAUUCCUUGACAGAAGACAUAUGAAAACAUUUAUAUUCGUUUCAGGCAAAAUAUAUUUUCAUUGGCUUUUGUUAUACAGUAUUUGACUAAUGGUCUUGGGAUUAGACAAGCAAUGAUGGUUAGGGAAAUAAUUAUUAGGUCUAUCCUUUCAAAAACUUACUUGGACCCAUUGUCAACAGAAAAAAAAAAUCCACUGUAAUACUGGUGGAUAAUGAUGAGAAGGCAUAUUUAUAAGAUAGAUGUCAAGUUUGUUGUAACUCAGCCUGAAAAACAUUUUGGAUUGCUUGAUAAGAAUAUAUUAAAUUCACCCUGUUCUAUGAUAAUUGGCAUUGUAUCAUGAAUCCAAGAUUAUAUCAUUGAAAAUUCAUUGUAAGUAUUGGGGAUGAAUUCACCAUGAGCUUCCCCUUGAAGUACCAAUAAAUAGGGAUGCCUGCAUGUUAAUUCAUAUGUGUAUUUUGAUGUCCCUUUCUGGUUUUCCUCAAUUUUUCCAUUAAAAAUAACAAACACUUGUUUCUAUGAAGUGGAUUUUUAAUCACAAUUCAGUUUUCCAAAGGAAAAACAAAAGACUUUAUUUUCACCUCUGCUGUACUCACACAUUUUAAAGUUUUUUUUGCUGGAGUAAGUUUAGCAACUUGGGACCUGAAGCCAACCAAUCAUUUUAGUCAAACAACUGAGUGGCAUCUAAAACAAAAAAAGUGACAGAAAAACAGUAUAAUUUAGAACAAAGAUGCUCCAAAAAUUUCUGUUUCAGAGUCAGAGUCAUGUUUAAUAUCCUUGGCCUAUGACAAGAAAUUUGAUGUUCUGUGGCAGCACUACAUAAUAAUUUUAAAAAUAUAUAAGUUCCAAUAAGUAUAUAUUUUUAAAAAUUAAGUUACAUAAGUAAUGCAAAAAGAGAGGAAAAAAUAGAGAGGUGGUGUUCAUGGAUUUAUUGUCCGUUCAGAAAUCUGAUGGCGGAGUAUAAGUGGCUGUUUCUGAAACAUUGAGUAUGUGUCUUCAGGUUCCUGUACCACCUCCUUGAUGGUAGCAAUAAGAAGAGGGCAUGACCUGAAUGAUGGGGGGUCUUAACGAUGGAUGCUAACUUUUUGAGGUUUCGCCCUUUGAGGGUGUCCCCAAUGCUGGGGAAGCUAGUGUCCUUGAGGGAGCUGGCUGAGUUGAUCAAUCUGUGAUCAAGCUGCUUCUGGAGAGCUUUAAUUCUGCAUAUUUUUGCAUAAGCCUUUAAUAAAUUCAUAAUAUGUACCAAACUAAUGAUUUGAUUUCUUGAGAAAUUUGUUUUAUUGUUUUUAUGUGGAUGUAUUCAAAACAUUUAUGAAUUCUAAUUAGUUAUAAAUGAAAAUGUGAUUUGACAGAUUAUAGGGUAACACUAUAAUUAGAUUGCAUAUUAAUUCAUCAUGUCAAAGACAUUACUUGCUCUAUUUCUUAUUUGAAUAAUAAGAUUUAUGCAAAAUAUUUCAUUUUGAUUAAAAUAAAGGGUGUCAUUAAAUAUAUUUACAAUAGAAUUUUCUUUAUAUUUUGUACAUGCGAAGUGACUGCCAAAGAUGUUAAAUGUCCUGUAUGUGUAUUUUUGUAUUUCAUUAAAUCCUUCACAACUAACAAAACAUUUUU